AUGUUCCUUAGAGUUUCCUAUGACUGGAUUUGGGAGGAAGUUAAGAGUUCAGGUAAUAUUAAAUUAACAUCAAAACAACAAAGAAUAUUAUGUACACGAUUAGUUGCAACAGCACGGAGUCGUACACAAGCUGCUAUUGAUUUAGAACGUGCAUUUCUUGAUAUUGGUUAUACAUGCGUGGAUGAUUCACCUGUUUCUAUUCGAACUUUACCGGGUUUCGUUUUUGAUCCAUCAACAAUUACUUUCAUGAUCGUGAAUUAUGAUGAUGGCGAUGAUGGUGGUGAAACAGAAUGCGAAAAAACCAAAAAUUCACACUUAUCAAGUAUCACCACCACCAAGAAGAUGAAGCAGCUCAAUUUAGAUCAUUUUAUUAAGAAGUAAAAAUUUAAUUGUAGUUCUUUUUCAUAUUUUGUUUUGUAUUUUCAUUUUGUAUAUGAAAUUUAAUCAUAUUAAGAUUAACUAUAACUCAAUAAAAUAUAUUUGAACAAGAUUCGAUCUUCUUUAAAGAAAUUUUCAUAUUAAAAGACCAUGUCAUAAUGCAAGACCCCUCAAAACAUUUUACACGCUAAAACAUAAUAAAAGACCCUGGGUCUUUUAUUAUAGGCGGGGG